AUGCGAAGACUGUCGGACAUAAGUCUGCACCUCAACCAGCUCAAGUAUCUGUCUCCUUCGCCCUCUGAAGACCAGCAGUGCUCCCGGUCCUUUAUGGAUGUCAAAGCUGCUUCCAACGGGGUGUCUACCAUCGAGGACAGGAUCUUACGGAUCACGGGAUAUUAUGGCUAUUACCCGGGAUAUUCGAGUCAUCAAAGAGAAGAAGCUUCAGAGAAUCGGACCGAAAAUAGUGAUCCAGAUAAUAAUGCUAAGACACGCUGUCAAUCGUGCACCUCUGCGUUCUUCAAGAUUUUCUGGGGGUUUCUGGUCAUUCUUUCUGUAUCAUCCUCCUGGGUUGGUACUACACAGAUUGUCAAAGUUACAUACAAGAACUUCCAUUGUCCUUUUUUUAUGACCUGGUUCUCUACAAAUUGGAACAUAAUGUUUUUCCCUGUGUACUACUCGGGACACUUGGCUUCAGCACAGGAAAAGCAGACGCUAAUUAAAAAAAUUAGGGAAUGCAGUCGGAUUUUCGGAGAAGAAGGACUGACUCUGAGACUCUUUCUGAAAAGAACAGCCCCAUUUUCUAUCCUCUGGACAUUAACUAAUUACCUAUAUUUACUUGCUCUGAAGAAAUUAACAGCCACAGAUGUCUCUGCUCUUUUUUGUUGCAACAAAGCAUUUGUCUUUUUGCUCUCUUGGAUUGUGCUCAAAGACAAGUUCAUGGGCGUUAGAAUAGUUGCUGCAAUCAUGGCAAUUACUGGGAUUGUGAUGAUGGCAUAUGCAGAUGGUUUCCACGGUGAUUCAAUCAUUGGAGUAGCACUGGUUGUUGGAUCUGCCUCCACAUCAGCAUUAUACAAGGUUUUAUUUAAAAUGUUUCUUGGAAGUGCAAACUUUGGAGAAGCUGCGUAUUUCAUUUCUACACUGGGCUUCUUCAAUUUAAUUUUCAUAUCCUCUGCACCAGUUAUACUGUACUUUACGAAAGUGGAAUACUGGUCCUCAUUUUCUGCUUUACCUUGGGGAUACCUUUGUGGUGUGGCUGGUCUUUGGUUAGCCUUCAAUAUUCUUGUGAACGUCGGUGUUGUAUUAACAUAUCCUAUACUCAUUUCUAUCGGAACUGUGCUGAGUGUCCCUGGAAAUGCAGCUGUCGACCUUAUGAAACACGAAGUGAUAUUUAGUAUGGUGAGGUUGACUGCCACUACUAUCAUAUGCAUCGGCUUCCUGCUCAUGCUUCUUCCUGAAGAAUGGGAUGAAAUAACUUUAAGGUUUAUUAACAGAUUAAAGGAGAAGAAGAAUGAAGAUCAAGCAGAAGACACCACAGAGUCUAGUGUCCACACUCGGAGCAGAAGCAGAGCAAACGGCACAGUUUCAAUUCCUUUAGCUUAAAAGCAGCUAAGUUUUAAAAUGCACGAAGAUGUAUAUUCUGUGAAUAUAAUUUAGUUGUGUGAAAUAGUAUGCUAUUAUGACAGUAUUACUUUUUGAAGCAAAGAUCUAUGGUAUACAAUAUAAGUAU